AUGUCGAAGAGGCGGCUAUUUCGCUGGCCUGCCCGCCGCACCGCCGCACUCGGAAUUUUGGCGCUGCUGGUCACCUCCGUUCUCUCAUGGCUCAUCUGCGGCGGCGAUUCUUACGACCCUCAACCAGUAGAAGAAUACUUCAACCCGAUUCACGAGCAGUUAUCGGAAAUCACCAAGACGUACAACAAUGCGACCAGCGAGAUUGGCUUAGUAUUGGCUGCGACGCGGGCGGAGGACUUAACUUGGCUUUUGGAUUACUGCAACGACCACGGAACAAUCCCAUUCAUCUACAGCACCGACGUCGAACCCGCGCCAAAUCUCCUAGUUCCUUACACCAUCCGCGGUCGCGAGGCUACCGCCUAUCUCUCCUUCAUCGUCGAGUUCUACAACCAAUUACCGAAAUACACGAUCUUCAUCCACUCUAACUACGAUCAAUGGCACAAUGACCUUUUCGGCCCCCACACUGGACCGGCACUGCGAAACCUCCGCUUAGAGGCCGUCGACGCGCAAGGUUAUGUCAAUCUGCGCUGCGAGCACGACCCCGGCUGCCCGACGAGCGUCCACCCGUGGAGCCCCACGCAGAUCGAUAUCGAGAACGAUGACAUUCGCGCAUUCUUUCCCCAGGUCUACCAGACGCUUCUCAAUGUCCCUGCGAAGAAGGUUCCGGAGCACAUUGGCAAUGUCUGCUGUGGCCAAUUCGCUGUCAGCCGCCAGCGGAUCCUCGAACGACCCCGAUCGGACUACGAGCGCAUGUUGCGGUGGGCCGACGAGACGGAAUUGACAGACAGCUUUGGCGUGGGAUGGGUAUACGAGAAGAUCUGGCACAUCAUCUUCGGCAUGGAUGAGAUAUAUUGUCCUCGAUACGAACAAUGCCGGUGCGACGCGUACGGAUGGUGUGGGCCGUUGGCCUCGGGCGAGACACUGCAGGCAGUGCGAGCGAACCCGGGCUCCACAUUGGGGCCGUCGUUCUAA